GUGUAAUCUUCAAGAUAUCUAGGAUACAAAGAGAAAGCAAAAUGGUAUUUUAGUUAUAAACCACCACCAAAACCUAUUUCUAUAUAGUAAACUAAUCAAGCGACAAAACAAAAAGACUAUUGAAAGAGAGAAGCUAGAUAAAUUGAGAAACAGAGGAGUUAGAUAAUAAUAAAAAAAGCAAGAAGGAUCAAAUGGCGAAAAAGGAUGAAUCAGUGAAGCUGUUAGGGUAUUGGGUAAGCCCUUUCAGUCGCCGGGUCGAGAUGGCUCUCAAACUCAAAGGCGUACCAUACGAAUACUUGGAGGAAGACUUGUCUAACAAGAGCCCUUUGCUUCUUGAGCUAAACCCUAUUCACAAGAAGAUUCCAGUUCUUGUCCACAACGGUAAAGUAUUGCUCGAGUCACAUCUAAUCCUCGAAUACAUCGACCAAACGUGGAAGAACAAUCCAAUUCUCCCUCAAGAUCCCUACGAGAAAGCCAUGGCUCGAUUCUGGGCCAAGUUUGUUGAUGAUCAGAUCCUAACGCUUGGACUGAUGUCUCUGGUAAAAGCAGAGAAGGGAAGAGAGGUUGCUAUUGAAGAGGCUCGAGAGAUGAUUGCGUUUCUUGAGAAGGAAGUCACUGGAAAAGAUUUCUUCGGUGGCAAGACAAUCGGAUUUUUGGACAUGGUCGCGGGAAGCAUGAUUCCGUUUUGUUUGGCUCGGUUUUGGGAAGGUAUGGGAAUUGAUAUGAUUCCAGUGGAGAAGUUUCCAGCACUUAACAGAUGGAUCGAAAAGUUGAAUGAAAUUGAGAUCGUAAAGGAAUGUAUACCACAUAGAGAGAAACAAAUUGAGCGCAUGAUGAAAGUUGCAGAGCGAUACAAAUCGGCCUAAAAGACAAAAAACAUUUUUAUUUCUUGGUUCAGAAAUAUUUGCUGUUAUUAACUUAUUAUAUGCUUGCAUGGUUUUGUUAUUGAAACUUUUGAAAUAAAAAUGGAGUGUAGCUGUAUUGGUAGUAGAAAACUUUCUAAAAAGAAGAAAUAAAAUAAGCAAAAGUGAGGUCAGCAAUGACUUGAUUAUCUUAAAAGGUGUCCGUUUUUGGUGCAAUGUUCAAGAAAAUCGUCGAAUAUCAAGAAAGGUUAUGGUGUUUUUCAUUUAAAAAUUUGUUACCACGUUCUCGUUUCCGACACCCACAGCUUUAUCUUUAUUAAAUUGAAUAGUAGUCAAUCAAGCAAACGAAUCAGAAAACAACUACGCCACUACUAAGAGGAGUUAGAUCUAAAAAACUAGAAACUGAUAGAGAGAGAUCCAAUGGAGAAGAAAGAAGAAGGUGUGAAGCUUCUAGGGUUUUGGAUAAGCCCUUUUAGUCGUAGGGUCGAGAUGGCUCUCAAACUCAAAGGCGUUCCUUAUCAAUACUUGGAGGAAGAUUUGCCCAAAAAGUCCUCUUUGCUUCUUGAGCUAAAUCCGGUUCACAAGAAAGUUCCGGUUCUUGUCCACAAUAAUAAAAUAUUAUGCGAGUCACUUGUGAUCCUCGAAUACAUCGACCAAACGUGGAGUAACAAUCCAAUUUUACCUCAAGAUCCUUACCAAAAAGCCAUGGCUCGAUUUUGGGCCAAGUUCGUCGAUGAACAGAUCCUACCAGUAGGGUUCAUGACCCUGGUAAAAGCAGAGAAGAGUAUAGAAGUGGCUAUCGAAGAGACUCAAGAACUGAUUACAUUUCUUGAGAAGGAAAUCACUGGAAAAGAUUUCUUUGGGGGAAAGACGAUCGGAUUCUUGGACAUGGUCGCAGGAAGUAUGAUCCCGUUUUGUCUGGCCCGGGCUUGGGAAUGUAUGGGAAUUGAUAUGAUUUCAGAGGAGAAGUUUCCAGGAUUAAACAGAUGGAUCAAGAAUUUGAAUGAGGUUGAGAUCGUGAGAGAAUGUAUACCUCCAAAGGAGAAACAUAUUGAGCGCAUGAACAAAAUUAUAGAGAAAACUAAGUCUGCCUAAAAGAUUAUGACAUCAUUCUCUGUUUGAAAUUAGUUGAAACAUGAUAAAAACUUCAUUUAUCAUUUGCUAUAUCUUAAUUUGUUCAAGCAAAAGCAUUUUACCUUUUGUUUCUCGUCAAAUUACGUGUACUGAAUCCUUUAAUUAAUUAAUUCACAUUGAUAGACGACAAGUCACGUUACUGACGAGUGACGUUAGCAAUGACGUUCAUAC